AUGCUUAGCUGUGACAUGAUCUGGCCUAGCCAGCAUGGAUUCAUGGGAGGCAGGUCCUGCUUGACCAACCUGAUCUCCUUCUAUGACCAGGGUGGGCCGGUGGAAAUCCUGCCGUUCCUCUACUUGGGCAGCGCUUACCAUGCCUCCCGAAAAGACAUGCUGGAUGCUUUGGGGAUCACAGCGUUAAUCAAUGUCUCAGCGAACUGCCCCAACCACUUCGAAGGGCACUACCAGUAUAAAAGUAUCCCCGUGGAGGACAACCACAAGGCAGAUAUCAGCUCCUGGUUUAACGAGGCGAUUGAUUUCAUAGACUCUGUUAAAAACGAUGGAGGACGGGUAUUUGUGCACUGCCAGGCUGGCAUUUCCCGGUCAGCAACCAUCUGCCUUGCUUAUCUCAUGAGGACCAACAGAGUCAAACUGGAUGAAGCCUUUGAGUUUGUGAAGCAGAGAAGAAGCAUCAUCUCCCCAAACUUCAGCUUCAUGGGGCAGCUGCUUCAGUUUGAGUCGCAGGUCCUUGCCCCCAACUGCUCAGCAGAAGCUGGUAGCCCUGCUAUGUCAGUAUUGGACAGAGGAGCAUCGACCACCACGGUUUUUAACUUUCCGGUCUCCAUCCCUGUUCACACCUCGUCUAGUGCUUUAAGCUAUCUUCAGAGCCCCAUCACCACUUCCCCGAGCUGCUGAAAAGCGGGUGAAAAUAUGGUCAGAACUUAGACUUACUGUCUCAGAAGUGCAAUAACUACAAGGACAGUGUCAUCAGUCACUUGUGUUUUGUGGGGAGCCAUCCGUGCAUCCCAGAACAGUGUCGUAAACGGAGAGGAGCUCACCCAGUGCCAGAGAACUAGGUGUUACUGACUUUUCUGCUGACUUUUAAAGCUGAUACCUGGAUGUCUACACAGAUCAAAGGACACUGUCUUUUCCUGAGCUGUUCCUCUGUCUUCUGUCUGUCCUAAGCCUGCUCCAUGUUAGUAGCAUGCUCACCAGUAUUCCCAUUCCUGGACACUUUGAGCAACACUGAUGCUUUCCCCUUUUAUAUGACAGUCCUAUUUAUUUAUUUUUACAUUAAUGCAUUGGGGUUUUUUUGCCUUCACAUACUUAAAGUUUCAUUUCUAGAAAAAACAAAUACCUCAGUAUUUUUUGGUACUGUAAUCCUGUGUGUGUAUAUAUGUCAGCUCUCCUUGUUUCCUAAGCACUGACGUGAAAGCACCAGGCGAGUGCUUUUUUGAGUUGCCAAGGGUUAUGUGUUGAUUUUGCUGAUUUAUUUAUGAUGUGAAAUAAUAUAUUUCUUCUUAUGAAGACAUAGUUUUGUUACAUGAUUAACUUUUUUAUACAAACAGAAUAAAUUAUGAUAUUUCUAUUGA